CCGCCUCAGAACUUUAAAGAGCCAGAUGGUCGGAAAAACCCAGGCGUCGGCGGGGCAGAUCACGUCCCCCCUGCAGGUCCACCUAGUUAAAUACAGGGGAAUUUCUUCCUGAGCUCCGAGGGACGUCCCGAUGCAGCUUGCGUCAGGGUCUCGCGCAAAACCAUGCUCGCGGCGCACCCCUGACGCAAUCAAAAACCUCCACUCAAAAACGAAUGUGCACGAUUCCGACCGCGGCAAGUAUCUUGGGAAAAGACAUGCAGACAUUGACACCGUCAAGGUUGUAUCGCCAUUUGUGGCUGUAAUAUGUUCUGCUCAGACGACCGGUCAAAUCACUGCAAGGGCAUUGACCUCUCUAUACAAUUUUUUAUUGUAUGGUCUCAAUACCGCCGCCUCCGGUCGGAGUGAUGCGUGCAUGGCACUUGUUGCUAAGGGGAUAACAAACUGCCGCUUCGAAGACACACGUAAGGAGAGUGAUGAAAGUGUACUCGUAAAAUUGCUCGAGCUGAUCACACUCACGCUCAAGUGUGAUAGUGGAUUAUUGCUGAAAGAGAAAGACGCAUACAAAAUGUUCCUGCUUUGCUAUCGAGUAGGCUGUCGCGAUAAGGCUUCUGAAUUGCUUCGGAGUAACGCAGACGACACAUUGGCUCGUCUCAUUCUGAGCUUCUUCGGUAGCAAGCAGGAGUUCAGCAUAUUUCCUAGCCGCAACCAGGUGCCAUUAGUUGAUACAUCGAGCACAAUUAAUUUUCGACCUGCCGUUUUGAGGAAGCUGUGUAAGUAUCUGCGAGGAGCCCCUCCAGUAGAGGAUCUCACGAUUCUCUCCCUUAGACUCCGGGUUAUCUUUAAUCUUUUCAAUUCAAUGAAAAAACAUCUCAAACUCCAGCUUGAACAGAUUUUGAUCUCAACGCAUCUGCACAUACUCGGGGACCUUUCAUCUUCACCAGACCAGCAAGAAAUAGCACUCGAGAGCCUUCUUGAGUUCUCUCGGGAGUCAUCAAUUCUGCUGCAUCUAUAUGUCAGCUACGAUGCCGAUCUGAACUGCAGUAACCUCUUUGAGGAUCUCUUCAUUAGUCUUGCGAACUCCGCCACGCCCUUGUCUCGUCAGCCUAUGAAUCUACUGAACUACUUGGCAAUGGACUGCGUGCUUGAGGUUGUUUAUUUUGUCUCUUGUCGGUGUUUCUCUUCAAAUCAAUACGAAUUAUUACCGUUGAGUGUGGACGACGCUAUUAUUUGCAACGGUAAUCCGGGCUACUCGCUGUGCAACCUUGGCAUUGAAUGGCUGAAAACUGCCAGAGAUUCAACUGCGCAGAUGUUGCAGCAACGAAGACGCGCCAAAAAACGCCGCAGCCUUGCCGCGGACUAUUUUAAUGCUGAGAACAAAUGGAUUUCGAAAGUUGAAUCCCUUGGAAUUCUCCCAGUGAACUUAAGUGCGAAGCUUGUCGCUCAGUUUCUUCAUGAAAAUCCCCGUCUCGACAAGAGGCGUAUUGGCGAACUGCUUUCAAAAGGCCCACAAGACAAAUAUCCCUUCCAUGCUGCUGUUUUCACAGUUCCGCGCCUUCACGUGGUGCUCCGUGAAUACGCAUCUCGCUUUGAUUUCCGCGCCCAGCCAUUCCAUGUUGCUUUGCGCAACUUUCUUUCAGGCUUUCAUUUACCAGGAGAAGCUCAAUGCAUCGACAGACUCAUGGAGGUUUUUGCUGGAGAACUCUAUAGCCAGUGGCAGAGCAAUGCCGGGGCUUGGGCAGCAUGUCCUUUUUCUAGUGCUGACGCCGCUUUUGUUCUUGCAUUUUCUACGAUUAUGCUCCAGACAGACUUGCAUAACCCAGCAAUCGCUGCGUCAAAGCGGAUGAGUGCAGACGAUUUUGUGCGGAAUAAUAGAGGAAUUAACGACGGUGAUGACCUUCCACAUGAUUUUCUCUGGUCUCUUUAUCAAGCAAUAAAGGAUGCACCGAUUCCACGACCCGUUCAGUCGAUCCAAAAUUCAUCCCCAGUAAGCACCGGAGAUGGUACAUGCCCGCCGGGUUCCGAUAAAAUUGUAUCUCGUGGUUCCCUAAUGUCUCUUUACUUACAUAGCGAACCGCCGCCACUUUUUUCUGCAGAUGCAAACGAUUAUGACAUGUUCCAGUCCAUUUCGGAGGCCAUCCUGUCUGUGUUCCUGGACACCUUCCAUCGCUCGCACGAUGAGGGCUUCGUCUUGAAACUGUGUGCAGGAUUCCGCUGGUAUGCGCAAAUCUGUGAAUAUUUUGAUUUAUCCCGAGUGCUUGAUCGCCUUCUUACAAACCUCCUGUGUACCGGAAGGCGGUAUGUGCAUAGUGUACGAGUAUCUGACCGAGCAAAAAUAGAUUCCAUAAGCUCGCCUCAAGAUCAAUUCGAAGCUUUGCAUGCAACCAUUGGGCGGACAGGUCAAUCAAUUAAUCGAAAGUUUUUAGCAUUCAAAGAAGCAUUGGAAAUAACUUCCGGAUACGAUCUUGCUGAUAGGCGUGCACUGCCUGUAGCUCUGAUUAACAUAGACGAUACAGUUGGUAGCGAUGGAAAGGCUCACUGGACUGUCUACCACAUGUCACAUGACAACAAUAUGGGCAUGGGCACGGCUAAACAGGACACUUUCAAUCAAAGUUCAAAUAGGCUAUGGAGUUCAAUCUCGUUGUUGUGGCGCUCGAGUGGGCAUGGCAGUGUAAGGAGGCCUCCAAGUCGAGCUAGCCCCACGAUGAUGAAUCUUUCGUCGGCUUUCAUGACAGCGCCUGUCGAGGCGAUCGAUGCUAUCUUCUCAGCGACAGGAAUGUCCUCCAUUUAUGCCCUCUCUGCCAACUAUCCGCUUGGUUCUCGUUCACAACCAGCAUCGAGCAACAUCGCUCUGGCCGCUGAUGCACGCACAGAUCGCCUUGCUCUUGGCCUUCUGGACUUGCUUCGUAUGAAGCAAUGGAAAUUGCGCUUACUUGUCCCACUGCUCGCGGAGGCAGAUAAGCAUCGCAAAGGGCAGCCAUAUGUGGCUGCAGCUGCUUUGGCGAUCGUAGGUGACCUUCCGCAAGCAAUAUCAUUUGCAAAGACAUGGACUACAUGCCGCCAGCUGAUUUUGGGGAAUAUUCAUCGGCAACUCUCUUUGCGCAAUCGUCUGAUUUCUGCUGAUGACGAGUCAGCCAUUACUGGUUCAUUGUGUGGUGUACAACAGCUUCUCGUCGCAAUGCUAAACCGCUACAAGGCAGCUCGAUUGAAUUUCGAUGCUCAAACGAACGAAGCACUCAUCAAAGAUAUGGCAGAAAUAUGGGCCAUAUUUAGUAGAAGCACGGAGGCAGUAAAUUCUACAUCUCAAGGAAUUCUGAAUGAGAUGGCAAAUAAUACCAGAUUACUCCUCCAGGCAUCGAGCAUCAUUGAAACAACAAGCAUAUCAACGGCUCUUGGUUCCAAUGAGCCGAAGGAGCGAACAUAUAUUGUAUGAUUCCCAUGUGUCUUGUCUACAACGCCAUGUGACUUGAACGCUACUUGAUACUCAGGGAUGAAGCAGUGGCGAUCUUGAGGUGGGCGCUAGAAGCCCGCGGGAAAUUCGACACGCUCCAGUUUUGGGCGCGCCCGGGGAGACCGCGGAGACAGGAUGAGGCCCCCGCAGGAGAUUUGAGGCGCUGGGUCCUCCCGCUGCCCCCCCCCCCCCGCUGGGCCCUCCUGGCCAUGGGCAUAUGAGCUGAGUUUAAAAAAAACCAUGCUCU